AAACAUUUCAGAGCGGGAGAACAGAUUACAAAAUACCAGAGCUGCACUCUUUUUUUGAACGAGACACCAUGUUUUUCUGGUGACGUGUGGCUGAUCCUCAUGCGAUCCUUUCACCUCUGUAGUCAGUCAUUGGUUAAGGGCCAGCAGAAGAAGCCGCACUCUGUCUUACCUCUGUUACCACAAUGCAUCUUACUACAGAAGAAAAGAUAGAGCUUGGAUUGCAUCCUGUAUUUGGGGACAGUGACGAUCAACCACAGCUGACAGACAUUGCGGAGCCACACAAUAAUGAGUCGCUGGGACAGACAAUGGACCAAGAGAUAGAUUUGGUUUACUCCCUCAAUGACAGGCCAGCAUGGUAUCUCUGCAUUCUUCUCGGCUUUCAGCACUAUGUCCUUGCAUUUGGUGGAAUCAUUGCGGUCCCUCUGAUCCUCGCCGAGCCUUUGUGUAUUGCAGACAACAAUGAGGCAAAAAGCCAGCUCAUCUCCACCAUAUUCUUUGUGUCAGGAUUAUGUACUCUUCUGCAGACUACCAUUGGAAUCAGGUUACCAAUUCUUCAGGGAGCGACUUUUAAUUUCAUGACCCCAACUUUGGCCAUUCUUGCUCUGCCAAAAUGGCAGUGCCCUGUUCCAGAUGCCCAUGCAAUGCAGCUGAAGAAUGGCAGCACUCCCCUGACAGGAGAAAAGUUAGAUGAAAUUUGGAUGUCAAGAAUAUGUGAGAUUCAGGGGGCCAUACUGGUUGCCUCUUUGUUCCAGAUUUUCCUGGGAUUUUCUGGACUGGUGGGCUUCGUGCUUAAAUACAUUGGCCCUUUGACUAUCGCUCCUACAAUCAACCUCAUCGGCCUUUCGCUGUUCAUUGAGGCUGGAAAGAAAUGUGGCAGUCACUGGGGAAUUGCUGCUCUGACAGUUGGACUGAUCCUCCUGUUCUCCCAAUAUCUCAGCAAGGUUAAUGUUCCAAUGUUUGCAUACAAGGAUAGGAAAUGGAAGGUUUUCCAAUAUCCACUCUUCAAGCUCUUCUCUGCUUUGUUUGGAAUGUGUGGUGCCUGGCUGGUCUGCUUUUUACUAACCGCCUUUGAUGUCCUGCCCUUAAACUCUACUGAGUAUGGCUUCUCAGCAAGAACCGACAUCAAUCUUAAUGCUGUGACCAACUCGCCGUGGUUCCAUAUGCCUUAUCCAGGUCAGUGGGGCAUGCCCACUGUAAGUUUGUCCUCAGUGUUGGGAAUGAUGGCAGGCGUCUUGGCAUCUACCAUGGAAUCCAUUGGUGACUAUUAUGCUUGUGCACGUUUGUCUGGUGCUCCUCCACCACCCACUCACGCCAUCAACCGCGGCAUCGGUGUUGAGGGCAUCGGCUGUGUCCUGGCUGCAAUCUGGGGUACUGGAAAUGGCACAACUUCCUUCAGCCAAAACAUUGCUGCACUUGGAAUUACCAAGGUUGGUAGCCGACUGGUCCUCCAGACAACCGCAGUUUUGAUGAUUUUUUUAGGCGUCUUUGGGAAGUUUGGAGCUGUUUUUAUCACUAUCCCUGACCCUGUUAUCGGAGGCAUGUUUCUUGUCAUGUUUGGCAUGAUUGCAGCUGUGGGGAUAUCCAACCUUCAGUAUGUUGACCUCAAUUCUUCCCGCAACCUCCUCAUUCUUGGCUUCUCAACCUUCAGUGGACUUGUGUUACCUACCUGGUUUCACUCCAAUCCGGGCAUCAUUGACACAGGAGUAACAGAGCUUGACCAGGUGAUCAUUGUGCUGCUCACCACACACAUGUUCAUUGGUGGAUUUCUUGGGUUUCUUCUUGAUAACACAAUUCCAGGUACUGAAAAAGAAAGAGGCAUUAACAGCUGGCAGGAAAAGGUGAAAGAGGGGGGAAACGUUUCUUCUGAUUUGUCCUGCUAUGAUAUUCCUUUUUCAAAUCGAUUUUUAAAAAGGUUUAAAUGUUUCCAAUAUCUACCCUUUCUCCCAACUUACAAAACCUCAAAGGAGAGAUUGUCCACAUAAAUGAGUGGGGACUCCCAGGGAAAAAUCCUUGUUAACCAAAAAAGUUCUUGUUUUUACCUUUGAACCUUGAUGUGAGGUGACUGUGCUUUUUAAAAGUUUAGUCUACAUUUUCUGCUGAUAAAAUAAAACACAAGUUUUCUAUGUUUGAUAUUAGUAUAACUGGUAAUAAUAUAAACAAGUAAAUGAGUAAAUGUGAUUUAUUCCUGAAAUAGACCAAUUUCUCAUAAGAUCCUCACUACCUCAUGAUUAAUACUCACUUACAUACAAGUAACCACUUUCUUGAACUAUAUUUGCUUCAAAAGUAUCUGAACUAAUACAAUAAAGGUGAUUGAUAACAAAUGCUUUCUGAAUUCAAUGAAUGACAACUUAAAGACAAACUGCAAAUUUGAAAAAAAAAAAAAAAUAGCACGAUGAUAUCACAAAUAAUAAAUAUAUAUUGACAUAUGAAGGGCUGCCUUACAGCCUGUAGGUCCUGGGUUCAACUUCUAGCCAAUGGUCUUUCUGCAUGAGAGUUUUAAUGCUGUCCCUCUGCACGCAUGGGUUAUUCCCGGGUACCUCAGCUUCCUCCUACAGUCCAAAAACAUGACUGUUGGGUUAGUUGGCACCUCCAGAUUGUCUUUAGCUGUGCGUUUUGUGUGUGUGUGGUCUUCUUGUACCUACAAUGUGAGGGGAGUGUCUUGUUACAUAUCCUUCAUUGUGGGGACUAACCGGUACAUAUGGGGACAUUCAACUGGCCCCUGUAUGGCAAUGUUCUCUUCUUUGAGUUGGGGUAUGGUUUAGGACCAAACUGUGAAUUCACUUUAGGUUAGCAUUAGGGUUAGGUAUAUGUUGGUUAUAGUUAGGGUUAGGAUAAAGGUCUGGGUUAGGCCAUUCAUAAGAUUAAUGUAAGGCAAUGAAAUGUCCCCAUAUAUCAGGAAAACACCGGCAUGUGUAUGGGUUUGUGUGUGUGUCUGUGUUGCCUUGCAAUAGAAUGUCCAGGAUGUACCCUGCUUUUCGCCCAUAGACUGCUGGAGAUAGGAAUCGAUCCCACUGUGACGCUGCUGAAUAAGUAGAAGAGUUUUUUUUUUUUUUUCUAGAAAAUAUUAUAUAGUCGUAUGCUAAUGUGGGAAUAUCCUUUGGAGGACAAAUAUCAGGAGAUUGAUUCCAAUAGGGAAAACCAGAUGAUGGGCUAAGUAUAAGACUUUCAGUAAAUUCAUUUGGAGUUUCGGUAAAUCACAACAUGAUGACUUGCUGUUGAGCUGUUAGAUGACCUUUAAAGCAAUAUGUCUUUAGGGUCAACUAACUGCAUAAAGCAUUCUUCAUUUUUAAACACACUUUACAACUCACAAAAUACUUGGAGACCAGAUGUAUAAACAUUUGUCAGCUCAGAGGCUUGUUGAGGGCACAGAGCAGAACCUUAAGCAAUGCAUCAAACUUUGAUGCUGUGCAAAGACUUGUUUUUUAACUAGAUUUAAAAUGUUCCAAGAGAGGGAAAGGUGUGAGUUGUGCUUCCAGGCUGUAAUCCAAGUGAGACAGAUGAGAAAAAAGAAAAGGAUGCAGGUAGAGAUUUUAUAGAAUAAGCCAGUACCCUUACCCAUGCUUCAUAUUUAGGUGAAUGUCCAUAAUGUUGUUCAAGCUCUGGCAAGUUAUAUACAUUUGACGUUUGCAGCCACUGCAAAACGUACUUGGAUUUGAAUUGUUUUCAGACCAAAAACUUUUCAAAAGAUAAGGCCCAAAUGACUCACCAGCUCAACACUUGAAAAAAUAAUGAAAUACCCCUAGAAUUGAUAAAUAGACACAGGUUAGAACAUACAGAGCUGUUCAGUCCAUCAUCCCAGUGGGAGAAGCUAGGAAAGUCCCCUCAGGAAGAUUUCACUGUCAGGACAGGUACUAAGGUAGCCCAAGAUGACCAGGAGGGCUAAGGUAAAAAAAAAAAAGAUGGAACUUGUUGCAGAAAGUAUGUUAUCUUCGC